AUGUUUUUCCUCUCUUUCUUAUUCUAUUUCCUCUACAUUUUUAAAUUCUUUUUCUCUUUGUCCUUUCUUCCUCUUUCCUUUCUUCAUUUUCAUCCUCUUUUCUUAAUUUUCAUCCUUUUUCAUUUUGUGUUUUCAUCAUAUUUUCUUUGUUUUCCCUUUUCUUCUUUCUUAUCCUUUUCUCUUUUCUUCUUUCUCAUCCUCUUCUCUUUUCUUCUUUUUUAUCCUCUUCCCUUUUCUUCUUUUUCAUCCUCUUCCCUUUUCUUCUUUUUCAUCAUUUUCUCUUUUCUUCUUUCUCAUCCUCUUCUCUUUCCUUUUUCAUCCUCUUCCCUUUUCUUCUUUUUCAUCCUUUUCUCUUUUCUUCUUUUUCAUCCUCUUCCCUUUUCUUCUUUUUCAUCCUCUUCCCUUUUCUUCUUUUUCAUCCUCUUCCCUUUUCUUCUUUUUUCAUCCUUUUCUCUUUUCUUCUUUUCCAUCCUCUUCUUUUUCUUCUUUUCAUCCUCUUCCCUUUUCUUUUUUUUUCAUCCUUUUCUCUUUUCUUCUUUCUCAUACUCUUCUCUUUCCUUCUUUUCAUCCUCUUCCUUUUCUUCUUUUUCAUCCUUUCUUUUCUUCUUUCUCAUCCUCUUCUCUUUCCUUCUUUUUCAUCCUCUUCUCUUUUCUUCUUUUUAUCCUCUUCCUUUUCUUCUUUUUUUCAUCCUCUUCCUUUUCUUCUUUUCAUCAUUUUCUCUUUUCUUCUUUCUCAUCCUCUUCUCUUUCCUUUUUCAUCCUCUUCCCUUUUCUUCUUUUUCAUCCUUUUCUCUUUUCUUCUUUUUCAUCCUCUUCCCUUUUCUUCUUUUUCAUCCUCUUCCCUUUUCUUCUUUUUCAUCCUUUUCUCUUUUCUUCUUUUCCAUCCUCUUCUCUUUUCUUCUUUUUCAUCCUCUUCCCUUUUCUUCUUUUUCAUCCUUUUCUCUUUUCUUCUUUCUCAUCCUCUUCUCUUUCCUUCUUUUUCAUCCUCUUCCCUUUUCUUCUUUUUCAUCCUUUUCUCUUUUCUUCUUUCUCAUCCUCUUCUCUUUCCUUCUUUUUCAUCCUCUUCCCUUUUCUUUUUUUUCAUCCUUUUCUCUUUUCUUCUUUCUCAUCCUCUUCUCUUUCCUUCUUUUUCAUCCUCUUCCCUUUUCUUCUUUUUCAUCCUCUUCCCUUUUCUUCUUUUUCAUCCUUUUCUCUUUUCUUCUUUUCCAUCCUCUUCUCUUUUCUUCUUUUUCAUCCUUUCUUCCUUUUCCUUCCCUUUCCUUUUCUUCUUUUUGUCCUCUUUCUUUUUUCUUUUUCGACCUCUUCCCUUUUCUUCAUUUUCAUCCUCUAUCAUUUUCUUCUCCUUCAUCUUUUUUCCUUUACUUCUCUUUUGUACUCUUUCCUUUUCUUCAUUUUCAUCCUCUUUCCUUUUUUAUCUCCCUCUUCUCUUUCCUUCUUUUUCUCUCUUUUCUUUUCUUCACUUUCAUCCUCUUUCAUUUUCUUCAUUUUUAUCUUCUUUCCUUUUCUUCAUUUUCAUCUUCUUUUCUUUUCUUUAUCUCUCUCUUUCCUUUUCUUUACUUUCAUCCUCUUCCCUUUUCUUCUUUCAUCCCAUUCCUUUUUUCUUUUUUUACUCAUUCCCUUUCUUCUUUUUCAUCCUCUUUCCCUUUCUUUUUUCAUCCUCCACUUCCUUUUCUUCUUUUCAUUCUUUCUCUUUCCUUCCUUUUCUUCCUCCUCUUUCUUUCUUUCAUCUUCUUUUUCAUCUUUUCUCCUUUUUCCAUCCUCUUUUAUUCAUGCUCUAUUUCCUUCCUUUUCUUCCACAUGUUUCCCCUUUCUUCUUUUCCCUCUUUUUAG